GUGCCUUUUAUUUGUGCUUUUGAUGAAAUACAAAUCAAAGAGCACCGAGAUAAGAGCCAGACGUAGUUCAAUAAAAACAACAGGCGAAAAAUCAUGGAGGCGGAAGCAGAAUCGGAAACAAGCAAAUCAACUCAGCAGGCUGAGAAACUGAACGUUUUAUGUGGCAUUUGCAAUGAGUUUUACAAAGCAAAUGAUAUCAUAUAUUCAACAGCUAGCUGCGGCCAUGUUUUUCACAAGGAGUGCCUCACCCGUUGGCUAAGCCGUUCGCUGAGCUGCCCACAAUGUCGGGCCAUUUGCCAUCGUCACCGUGUGCAUCGUAUUUAUUUGAAUUUCGCCGAAUGCACCGAGAUCGACGAUCCGGAACGUUCCCAGAUCCAGUGGGUUCCCAUCGAUUUGGAUGAUCCCGUUGCACCCACCACACCCGAGGGUGCCGUUCAAUGUGGCACCGAUCAUGAGGGCUUCGAUACUUAUGUGGCGCGCGUCUAUCUGCACGAGGAUUUGCUGCCGGCCAACUAUGUGCCGCAAAAGAAAGCCGUAUACGCGCCAUGGAAUUGCAGCGCCCAUCGGCUCAACUCGGAGGUGGACUUGCUGGUGCUAACGGACUGUGAACUCAAGUGGGUGGCGGCAACGAAUGGAGAUGUGCCGCCCGGUGCCCUCAAGUCGGGUUACUCUGAGAUCGGCGAGGCGCUCUACACCGGCCGCUCUGUGCACGCGGGCCUGACGCUGCUGGGCAAAGUGCAUCCGUCGCAUCGCGUCAUAUAUAUGCCAUAUCAACGCGAAGAAGUCAGCAACCGGAUCUAUGAGGUCCUGGUGGUGACGCCCAAAGAGCAGGCCGAGCGCUGAACCACCUGUCAAAUCUCUUAUUGUUUAUGCUCUGUGUUAGUUCCGCCCGAGUGCGGUGCAUGUCUUAAUGUACACUAUAUCUAUCUAUAUUUUAUCAGCUGUCAACAUACAUAUAUUUCAUAUAUUUCAAAUAUCAUA